AUGGCUUCUGCUGAGGAAUCAAACACGUCGCGUCACGCCCGUUUCCAAAACGGCAACCCUUCCACGGCUCAUCAUGAUUUGAGCACCGAAGGCGACGCCCCGCGGCUGAUAUUAGAUUUCCGUGCCGCUCGAAUCCUCCUCGAAGCUGUGUACAUGAUGCCUGUUGACGGAAACGAUGUUGCAGUCGAGACUUCGGCCGAGACCGACAUUGUAGCUACCGAGUCCACCCAUCGGCUGUUUCAGCAAGCCGCCGUCGCGUCUACGUCAACAGACCUCAUCUCCUUUGAGGAUGAGACCUUCGAUGAUGCUCCCAUUCACAACGAUAACGCACCAGACCCAGCAGAGGAACUUUCUUCAUCUACCGGUGCUACUAUUGCUUCGCCUGUUUCCACAGUCAAUUCGGUUGUGUCCGCUAUUUUUGCAACUGCUUCUGGCGAUGUUGCUCCAUCUGAAGCUGAUGGUGCUCCACAUGGUUCUCAUGCUGAGAGCGAAGCCGCGUCUGAUAUCUAUACAGACCACAACGUUGGUGCAACUCGGAAAUCGGACUUCCAGGCGCGACUUGAAAAAGUCUCCAAGACCAAACUCUCCGGGUUUGCCAGCUCAGUCCUAUCCUUUCUGCCGCAGACAAACGUUGGACAUAUCCUGCGGAAUCAGGAACAUGAUGUCGGUCCUUCGACUUCGUCCAAUGAGACCAGAAGCUCAGCACCCGAAGCGAACGACCCUGAUGGCUUGAAUUUUGAAAAGUCAAUGGCCAUUACCCAUAAUGAUGAAGAGGAAGACUUGAUCUUCUUUGACUCUGCUCCAUCUCAAAAUAUUGACCAGUCUGACCCACAAGCCCCUAUCAAUGCCUCUAUCCCCAUUGACGCUAUUCAACCUCCCUCUUUGCUUGACACUGUCCCCGGCUCUGAAAUCACUGUGGUUGAUAUUGCCAAUAACACAGAAGUUGACAUUGCUCAUGUUGCCGCUGUUGCUGCAACUGUUGUUGCUGCUUUGGUACUUGUUUCCGCCAUCGUUUCCGCUUCAGACACUGGCAUCGAGGACACUGCCAAGUGCGCCAAGUGUGGAAAAGGCUGUGGCAACGGUCUCAUCAAGUGUCCUUGCGGACAUGAGUACUGUUCGCAGUGCCUCAGCCGUUUGAUUGAGGAUUCCAUUCGUGGUCGAGCUCCGUUCCCCCCCGCUUGCUGCGAUCUGCCCUUGCCGGUAGAUGUGAACAAUCCGAACCUCGAUCCCAUGAUUUUGCAAGAGUUUUUCACAAAGAAAUUCGAGGUCGACUGCAAGACCCCUACCAAGAACGAUCGCAAGUUCUGCUCCGUCAUUACCCCGCCGACGGACAAGUCGUUCAACGAUCAGGAGCACGAGGUUUUCGGAUCCUCACCUCACCAUGAAGAGGAAAAGCGCUGCCAUCUUUGUGAAAGAGUUGUGGCGAAGGGUGCUAUGUGCCCUGACUGUUGCUACCGUUGCAAUAAGAGUCGUCAAGCCUGUAAGUGUCCUUGGUGGGGAGAGCGGCAGUUAAAGAACAAUAAACAGGCUGCUUCUUAUCAAGCCUUCAACCCGAAGGCUACGUCUUUCCAACCCAGUCGGGAACAGAACGUUCAAACGCAUACUCGCCGAGCUCAACCUUUUGGAGGAAUGUUCCCUAGUCAAAACCGCACUUCUAUUGCCAACCUGCAGAACCGCGGACUAAACUGCCAGCACUUGCAGGUCAGGAAACUACAGAAACCUGGCCCUUGCUUCGAUUGCAAGGUCAACCUCCCUGCGGGAGGUUGGUACUGUUUGAAGUGUCACUAUCUUCUUUGUGAGAAGUGCAAAAUACUUCGCCGUGGUUGA